GAGAGAAUGGUAUUUUUGUAGUGUUCUCUUUCCAACAUUUUGCCAAUUUACAGUGAGCCAAAUGGGAGAGAGAGAGAGAGAGAGAGAGAGAGAGAGAAGAGGUAAAGAAGAAAGAAAAACAGUCUACACUACACAAAUUCACAAACAUGUUCGAUGGAGUACCACCUCAUGACCAGUUGCACCAAUUCAUAGCUUCAUCAAGAGCUGCAGCAGCUGCUUCCCCACUCCCACUUCCUCUCUCCUCUUCCCCUCUCCACUCUCAAACUGCCUUCUCUACUAACUCCUUUGACGUCUCGGCUUAUAAUAUAAUUCCUCAUCACCAUCAACUUCUACUUCCUCACCAACAACAUCAGCAACCGCAGUUUGUGCACCCAAUAUUAUUGCACCAGUCUUCUAACAAUAAUUCCCACAAGAGCAGCAUCAAUAAUGAAGAGAAAGAAGCAAGCAACUUGGUGGAGAUCGAAAGAGAGAGAUCAGUUCCUGAGCCGAAUAAUACUAUUGAUGAUCCAGCUUGGAGUAACGACGAGGUCCUUGCGCUGUUGAGGAUCAGAUCUACCAUGGAGAAUUGGUUCCCGGACUUCACUUGGGAACAUGUUUCCAGAGAAAGACGGUGGAAAAACCAGCAUCCUGUUCAUGAUACUUAUAUUGUUGAGGAAAAAGAUAAAAGGAAGCUAUCAGAGAUUGGUUUCAAAAGGAGCGGUGAGAAGUGCAAGGAGAAAUUUGAAGAGGAAAGCAGGUACUUCAACAACAUUAAUAAUUGCACCAAGAGCUGCAGGUUUCUCUGCACUGACCACCUAGAGGUGGAGGAGGAGGAGGAGGUGGAGGAGGGGCUUAAUUAUCACACCCAAAACCCAGCUCAUCAGACCAAUAUCAUUGGGACCCAAAAGAGACAAAUUAUAUCAGUAGUACUACCGGAGAAUCAGGAUAAAGUUAGGGGUGCUACUGGUACUGGUAAUGGUACUGCUCAGAUCAGUUUGGAAGAUCAAUUAGGCUCUCCAAGAAAUCAUGAUCAUGAUCAUCAUCAAACGUUUAAUGGUUCUGCGAAAGAGUCUGAUCAUGAUUUAGAAAAUGAUCAUCAUGAUAGUAGCAGUACUAGAUCGAAAAGUAAGAAGAGAAAGAGACAGAAGAUAAAGUUUGAGAUGUUCAAGGGCUUCUGCGAGGACAUUGUGAGCAAGAUGAUGUCUCAACAGGAGGAGAUGCACAACAAGCUUGUCGAAGAUAUGGUGAAGAGAGACAAAGAGAAGGUUGAGAAAGAAGAGGCUUGGAAGAAGCAAGAGAUGGAUAGGAUGAACAAGGAGCUUGACAUUAUGGCUCACGAACAAGCCAUUGCCGGUGACAGACAAGCCACAAUCAUUGACUUCUUAAACAAGUUCAUUUCAUCGUCGUCAUCCGGCACUAUUACUACUACCACUACCACAAUUUCUUCCGAAUCUGAUCAUCAUAUAAACCAUUUUUCAGGACCCAAAAAAGGGAAAGAUUCUCUCGACAAGGCUGUACUCGUGAAGAAUACUCCAAAAAAUCAUACAGACUUUUCUCUCACUCCUUUGAUUCAAGCCGCGCAUGGAAGCCUUAAUGAUCUUGAAGAGCAAAACAACAGUAAUAUUGUCGUCGAAGAACAGCCGUCGUCGUCUGCCAUGAUUGUACGACCUCAAAACUCGAGCUUAUCUACUCAGAAAAACGUAAUAUCCGAACAGCCCCAACAAAACCCUACUUCUUCACCAACCAAAAACCCUAGCAGUACCACUUCAACGCAGAAAGUGGCCAUAAACGACAUUAAAGACGACGUUGGAAAGAGAUGGCCGAGAGACGAAGUUUUGGCGCUGAUAAACCUAAGGUGCAGUCUCUACAACAGUGGAGAUCAUAUUCAAGAAAAGGAAGGAAGUAAUUCAGUAGUGAAAGCUCCACUGUGGGAGAGAAUCUCUCAAGGAAUGUCUGAAUUGGGUUACAAAAGGAGUGCAAAGAGGUGUAAAGAGAAGUGGGAGAACAUAAACAAGUACUUCAGAAAAACAAAGGAUGUUAACAAGAAGAGGUCGGUUGAGUCUAGGACUUGCCCGUAUUUUCACCAACUAAGUACUUUGUAUAAUAAAGGAACACUUGUUGCACCUAAUUCUCAAGGCCCGGAUCAGGAAAUGAAUCAUCAUUCUUCUCAACUUGAGUCUUUAGCUGAUCAUGAUCAUGAUGAUCAUGAUGAUGAUGAUCAUCAUCAUCAUUCCUCUGACGUCCAUGUUGCUGAAGGUGAGAGAUCACCGCACAAUCAUGUUGUUGUUGUUCAUCAUCAAGAAGUAGUACCAGCGGCUUUUGAUUUUGAAUUCUAAUUCCUUGCAUAUUUAUUUAUGUGUGUUGUGCAUUUAUUGGUAAUAAUAUGUGGCACCU